AUGCGGUGUCCUUGCGAGGUCCUGGCGCAUCUACCCCCAUCCUGUCAAGUUGAGGCUCUGCAGGCACGUGCGGACGAGCGGGUGGCAGCGUACCGCGAUCUGGCGGCUCUCCCCCGCGACAAAGCCAUCCUGGAGGUGGAGCGACCCGACCUCAUGACCUACCGACCUCACCUGAGCUUCUCGCCGCUGGAUGGACCGCGUCGACAGCGCUCUCUGUCACCCCCGGCUGUCUCGCCCGCCUCGUCUCCCGAGGCCAAAGGACGGCGUGCGGAAAGCGAAAGUGGCUCCCCCGGAGGCUCUGUGCUUCAACUGCAGUCGACCGGACGCAAGAUGAGCGCCAGUCUGCAGCACUUCCACCGUCCAGAUAAUGGGACAAACAUCUAUAGAAAGCCUCCCAUUUACAAACAAGGUUCAAAACCCGCCGCCGACGGCGUCGUCCAGGCGGCCAAGUUCCCUGCCGCUCAGCCUCCGGAUCCCGACCAGCCGUCCAAAAUCGAAACCGACUUCUGGCCGUGCCCCCCGUCGCUGGCUUCUAUGGAAAUCGAGUGGCGGAGGAAGAAAGCAGAGGAAGAGGAGGACGACGACGACUUUGAGGACCUGACAGCCGAAGCCAAGGCACUGCAGGAACAGGAGCUGGAAAAGAUCAAGUCCAACCUGGGUCGUCUCAUCCUGCGCGAGGAGAAGGAGAAAGGUGGCGGCGACUUCCGGCGAAAGACACGAUCACUGCCCGACAGGACGCACGCGCACAGCACAGGUCUGUCGGCGAACGCAUCCAAAUCACCGUCACGUUCUAAUUCUGGGCUGAGCAGAAGGCAGUCGGCCGAGUUUUCCGCUGAAGCAGAUGUCACCAAUGGUAUGCGUGUGUACGGACAGAACGGCGCCACCCAGCGUGAUCAUCUGGACCGUGGGACAUCGCUGCCAAGCAUCUUGGAGCAGAAGGUGUAUCCAUACGAAGCGCUGGUGGUGACCCACAGGGGGCGCUGCAAGCUGCCUCCCGGCGUGGACCGAAGCAGAUUGGAGCGACAUCUGGACCCCGAGCAGUUCCUGCAAGUUUUCGGCAUGAGCGCGUCCGAGUUUGAACGCCUGUCGCUAUGGAGACGGAACGAACUCAAGAAGAAGGUGUCGCUCUUCUGA